UGAACGAUAAGGUUCGCGUAAAUAGGUACUGAUGAAUGUUUUUGAACACCGGUUUAAUGCUCGCGAAUGGGACGCGCAUUUAAGCAUUCACCGAUUAAUUGACGAACUUGUAAAAUGAUCCCAAAUUUAAAAAUGAUUCAUAAAAGAAUUUUUCACAAUUUAUGGACAUCGACAUUUUUUACAUUUUUAACUAUAGUUAACGCCGUUAAUUAUUCAGAUAUAGACUUACCACAUAAUCAUCUAAAAUAUUAUUUUAAUUCGUUUCCUGCAUUGAGCAAUAAAUGCCAAAAUGAGCCAUCAUGUCCAUAUAAGAUUCAUCUGAAUAAGAAGGCAUGUUGGGGAUAUGAAUUAGAUUGUAAAUUUGAAAAUUCAUUUUCUGCUCCUCAAUGUCCUGGUGAUCAUAAAGGCUGGGUAGCCACCAAAAAAGCUCAGUUAGACACAUUUUAUGCCCAAGGUGACUUUGGAUAUAUUCGGGAUCAAAGGAAAGAAAUGAUGUUAUUAUGCGAACCAUUAUUUAUAGAUGAUUCAUCAUUAGAAUGUUCGGAGCAUUUACGAUUUUGUCGGGGACGUAAUAUCAUGAUCAAUUUUACUGAUCUUGUACAUAGAAAAGAACCUAUUAGAUAUAAAAUGGAUGUAUUGAAGGAAGGACAAAUUGGUGGAUAUUGCAAAUUGAAUGAACAAAAACUACAUGAUAAUGCUGAUCACAUUAGCCCAUUGCAAUCUUGGGGUCCAGAAAUAAGAAAUUUUAGAAAACUAUCUCAUAAACCUAUAGCAGAAGGUGAUUGUGAUGUUGUCAUUGAAAAACCCACAUAUAUUAUUAAAAUUGAUGCAGCUGUAAAUAUGUAUCAUCAUUUUUGUGAUUUUUUCAAUCUUUAUGCUUCAUUACACGUCAACCUUUCACAUCCAUCAACAUUUAAUACUGAUAAUUAUAUUAUGAUCUGGGAAAGUUACAGUUACCGAUCCGCAUUCCAAGAUACAUUUGAGGCAUUUACAAAAAAUUCACUUUGGGACUUGAAAACGUUUAAAGGAGAAACUGUUUGUUUUAAAAAUGUUGUUUUUCCAUUAUUGCCUCGAAUGAUCUUUGGAUUAUACUACAAUACACCUUUAAUUUAUGGCUGUGAAAACAGUGGACUUUUUACAGCAUUUGCAGAACAUGUUCUGCACAGAAUGCGAAUACCUUUGCAUAAAAGGCAUGAUCCAAAAAUUCGUAUUACAUUUUUAAGUAGAAAUACUCAAUAUAGAAGAAUUAUAAAUGAAGAUGAAUUAGUUCUAGCUUUAAAAAAAUAUUCUAACUAUGAAGUAACAAAGAUUGCUUAUGAUAAAUCUGUCCCGUUUAAAAAACAAUUAGAAAUUACAAGAAACACGGAUAUUUUUAUUGGCAUGCAUGGGGCUGGAUUAACUCACUUUAUGUUCCUUCCUGAAUGGGCAGUUGGAUUUGAAUUAUAUAAUUGUGAAGAUGCGAACUGUUACAAAGACUUAGCACGUCUUAAAGGUAUUAAAUAUUUAACCUGGGAAGACAUACAAAAACUAACCGAGCACGAUCCGGGAACUCAUCCACAUAAUGGUGCUCAUGCUAAAUUUACUAAUUACAAAUUUGAUGUUAAUGAGUUCAUAAGACUUAUCUCUAUAGCAGAAAAACAUGUAACAAAUCAUGAUGUAUUUAAAGAAAUGACAAAAAAUUUUAAAAAUGAGCGAAUAGAAAUCGAAAAAAUUGACAAAAGACUAGUAAACGACGAGUUAUGA